GUGACAAUGACUGGGUGUACGUCUGUGGCUUUUUCGUUAAAUACGUUUCUCUCUACCAAUGGACAUGGUUUUCACUCUGGUUGUUCUUCUACAAGCUGUGACUACAGCACAGGCCAUCGAUCCCUGCUCAGCGUAUAUCAGUCUGAAUGAACCAUGGCGGAACACUGACUACCAUGUCAACAACUCUGCGGGAGUCCCUCUGUGCGACCGGCAUGUGGCGGGAGAGUGGUAUCGCUUUACGGGGAUGGCUGGGGAUGCUAUGCCAACCUUCUGUAUCGAGGAGAACCACUGUGGUACCCAUGCUCCCAUCUGGCUGAACGGCAGCCACCCUCAGCCUAGCGAUGGCAUGGUCACCCUCCCAGUGUGUGCUAGCUUCAAUAAUAACUGCUGUCACUGGACAGCUAGUGUGGAUGUAAAGGCCUGUGCUAAGGGUUACUAUGUGUACCGCCUGCCCCGACCCUCCGUCUGCUUCCACGUCUACUGUGGCCAUUUCUAUGACAUAUGUGAUGAGGUGGAGUGUAACGGAGCUGACUGUCCUGUCGAGCCAGAAUGCCGCUGUUCUGAGGGAACGGUUCUAGGCCCGGAUGCACAGACAUGUCUGGAUGUGAACGAAUGUGAGAAAGGCAAUGGAGGAUGUGCAGAAAUAUGCAUCAACACCAAGGGCUCUCGUCGAUGUGAGUGUGGACCAGGUAAAGUAAUGCACGAGGACGGGAAGAGCUGUAAAGAGACUGCCGGCUGUGACAAUGUGAAUGGAGGCUGCAGCCAUGGAUGCUUCUUAGAGGACGACUCAUAUUACUGUCAUUGUCCCCGGGGUCUGACGUUGGGAGAUGACAAACGGACCUGUCAAGUCCCUGUGCAGUGUGAUCCUAGUUCCAUAGAGGUCUCGAUUCCCAAAGAACUGGUGGGAGGACUUGAACUCUUCCUGUCUAACAGCUCCUGCCGGGGCAUUUCCAAUGGCACCCACAUUAACCUCCACUUUAGUCUGAAGACAUGUGGCACUGUGGUCCAGGUCAUUGAUGACAAAAUUGUUGGCACCAACUUGGUAACAGGUUUGCCACGGUCUAGUCCCAGCAGCGAUGGGGACUUGAUUGUGCGCACCAGUAAACUACUGCUGCCAAUUACGUGUGAGUUUCCACGGCAGUACGAGGUGUCGGAUGGCUACCUGCCCAGUCUGCGCAACACAGCACUCGAGUUAGCGGGCCACAGUGAAGGAAUAUUCCCCUUCAGUUUGGAGCUUUUCAAAAACGCUGAAUUUUCCGAGGCAUACAACCAACCUCCUCAACUGCGUUUGCGUGAUUCGCUGUACUUUGGCGUCGAGCCUCGAGAGCGGGUGGAUGGCCUUGCUGCUUUUGUAGACAGCUGUUUUGCCACCCCUGGUCCCAAAGCUGACCAGGCCUUAAAAUACUACCUAAUCAGAGAUGGCUGCAUUUCAGACGAUACGGUGCGUCAGUUUUCGGCUAAAGAUCAGCUCUCCAAACACUACCAGGUCCCUGUCUUCAAGUUCAUUGGCAAGGACAACAGAGAGGUGUUCCUGCAUUGCCGUGUGCUGGUGUGUGGGCAGGAACAAGGGGAAUCUCGUUGUACACAGGGCUGCCGAAAGCGCUUGAGGAGACAUCUCUGGACUGACCAGCACCAAGAGCGACACAUACUUUCCAGUGGACCCAUUCGCAUACUGCCAGAUCCAUGAGACCACACACACCUAUAAAAUCUCUUACCCACAACGCCAUCUACAGGUUACUUUACUGCAGAUACUGUAUGCAGUAUGGAUGUGUUUAAAUACAGUAAUUUUACAUUUAUGAGUUGCAUCAGUUGCUUCCUUCCACUACUUCUGACAUUAUAUUUACUACAUAAAGCCUCACUAGAAAAUAUGUCUUUCCAUGUGCAUGCAUCUACUGUAGGUGAAGUAUUGUGUAUGCGAUUAACAGUAUAAGCCUAGGCAUUUCAAAAAAGGUUAGACCAAGUGGCAUUUUACAGUUUUUAAUGCUAAUUUGCAUAUAAGCUCAGCUGGGGAAAAUAAAAUGAUUUUACAGCCAAUAAAAUUAUUUUUGUCACAGUCUGUAGUCAUAUUGUCUCUCUCAGUGCAAUACACAUUCAUGUGUGUUACUGACACCCAUUCUGCAUAAAUAUCACUACCCUACAGAGGUUCAACAAUCAUAAUAUUUUUAUUAUUUCUAAACAAAACAACUUUAGUUUGGAACAAAGUUCCAUAAUAAUAAAUUAACUAGUAGGUCUAUACUUAACACACUGUCAGAUAUUGUAGGAAUUUUGUAUUUCUUUUUUUUUUUAAUGCAAAGCAAAUGAAUAUUGUUUAUCAAAUUGGACAUAUGAAGUUGUCACAAACUAUAUAUUUUAUGGAUAUUGUUUUCCCAUACAACAAACCUACACACAAUCACACACUGCAAAUUUGUGGGACACUUUCACACAUACAACAUAAAACUUUUUUAGUUUCCGCUGAUCUAAAACUACUCCACUAGCACCAGUUCAAGGGUUAGUGGGUGAAUCUCACAAAACGUGUCAAGAAAAGGUAAUAUUUCCCCCCAAAAUAUGGAUGAAAUAGAAAAUAUGUCAGUUUUUAGGAACAGUACAUUUGUUUGUUUGAUUGUUUGCUUGCUUUGUGACAUUUUUAGGAAGAUUAGGCUAAUUUCUGCAAAAUUUUCAUUUUGAUCAUGCAAAACAACUCUUUUUCUGCAAUGCAAAUAAAAUAAAUAUUUUACUUAAAUUAAUAGUAUUUGUACAUUGCAGUAGUAUGUCAUAUACAGCAUUUAAUAUAUGCUGUAAUUGUUAAUUACAUUUAUUAAAAAAAAAUAAAAAUAAUGAUAAAUAAAAUAACUAUAUUAAACUAAUGAGAAUCCAACAACAACCACCACUGUUGUGCAUUGCAGUAAAUCUGCCUAAUUGUUUCUUUUCAUUAAUGUGGUGAAAUGUGACCAGGGUGUUUUAAUGAGAUUCAUCCUAAUACUGACCCCUACUGUGGAGUAGUUUAAACUUGUAAAGUGUUUAUAUGUGUUGAAGGUGGUGUGUUUUUGUGGUUUGUAGGUCUUCACAGCUCAUCCUUCUCUUCUCCUUCACAAUAGCAGGCUGCCCUCUGGCUGUUCAUGAAGGGCCUGCAGCCCAAAGUCCAAAUGGUGUUAUACAGGGUGUCCGCAAAGGUCUCACAGGCUGUGGAAGAGAAGGGAUACUAGGGGUUUUGUCUGGUGUGCAAAAGUGCGAUUGCAAAUGACAAUCCAUAUAAUCAG